AAAUUUAUACAGUACAGAACGUCCCUUUUGCUAUAAGUGCCCGUUGUCGAAGUUGGAAGUUGAACACGGCUGAGAGUAAGCCCAAGUCGGCGAACCUCCUUGACUAAUAUCACUUGGAAUUGACGUCUGGUAAAAGAUAUAUACACCGGGUUUAAAGAAUUCGACUAUAAACAAGUGAAAUUUUCAAGAUGCAGGCAAUCAAAUGUGUCGUUGUUGGUGAUGGUGCUGUAGGUAAGACAUGUCUUUUGAUCAGUUACACCACAAAUGCUUUCCCCGGCGAAUAUAUUCCUACAGUCUUUGAUAACUACUCUGCCAAUGUUAUGGUAGAUGGAAAACCUAUCAACUUAGGUUUGUGGGAUACAGCAGGACAAGAAGAUUAUGACAGACUAAGGCCAUUGUCAUAUCCACAAACGGAUGUAUUCUUGAUCUGUUUUUCACUCACGAGUCCAGCUUCCUAUGAAAAUGUGCGAGCUAAGUGGUUCCCAGAAGUAAGUCACCAUUGUCCACAAACACCAAUAAUACUGGUUGGCACCAAACUGGAUUUGAGAGAGGACAAGGAAACCAUUGAUAAACUGAAGGAAAAGAAGCUAGCUCCAGUUACUGGAGCCGUAGGUUUACAAAUGGCAAAAGAAAUUAAUGCUGUGAAGUACUUAGAAUGUUCUGCUUUGACACAGAAGGGAUUGAAGCAAGUUUUCGAUGAGGCCAUUAGAGCUGUACUCUGCCCAAAGAAAGUUGUCAAGAAGAAAUCAAAAUGCAGCAUUUUGUAAAUGAAACUUGUGUAAUGAAUGGACUUCUCAUGGCAACCCAUAAGUAUGCAGUUGAUGCAUAAUCAGUCAGGAGCCCCAUGAUUGAAUUUUACACCAGUCUUAUUUUAUGUUUGUAAAAUACUGAUUAAUAUGACAUUUCCUUUCUAAGUAAUCACCACCUCAUUAUAUCUUCAGUUGAGUCAACUUAUGUCAUAUCAACAAUCUGACUUGAAAUGCAGAUUGGACAAACUGAUAUCAGUUUAUUUGUUAGUCUUGCUUUUUAUAAAUAUUCUGUGAAAAACAUCCCUGGAAACACUGCCGAGGCCCAAAUGUUAUGAAAUGCCAUCAGUAGUAAUUCUUUGACUGUCAAGAAUAAUAGUUUUGAGGUAUUUUUAAAUACAAGCAUUCAUUUCUUAAACCCAUGUUCCACUAGCCUGCUAAUGCCAGCAUUGUAAAAAUCACUGUUUAUUGGAUUUUUCUUCUGAUAUAUUAAUAAAUAGCUUUUCAUGUAUUAAUGCAAAGCAUAGAUUUUCUGGUUUUUUAGUUGCAAAAUCAAA